UCCUCAUAUCGCCGCAUCUUCCGCAUUCGCUAUUGGCAGACUUUCACUAUUAAUGCUCAGCCUGUCCUUGUGACUACCGCAGCCAAUAAACACAGUAUUUCUUGUGAGGGUUUUUAAAAUAUUUUGGGGUGUGUGUGUGACAUUUCCACGGCUGCCUGUACAUCCCAGUAAGCCCAGCCUUCUGAGAGGAGACUCAGCCUCCUGCCGGAUUACAGCCUUUUACGCAGGCAGCCAGUGAGGCUUUAUUCUGUCUGAACGAGGAAAACAUCGCGUCUGUCUUUCUGAAAGCUGUCACAUGGGGCCGAGGAGGGGGAAAAAGCGCUUCCUGAAAUGAUCCUCGUCACUGCCUAUGUAUUGUUGUUAUAUUUCCUCCUCCUCCUCUUUCACUAACGUAACAUCGCAUCGCGUUUAAUUCUCCGUCCGGAUCUUCUUCGGGUGUUUUUUGUUUUUUUUAUUUUGUGGUCGAUGCCGAUGAUGAUGAACAAAGUUAAAAACGCGAUGUCCAACCUGGUCGGAGGGAUGAUGCCUCACGGACACCACCACCACCACAACCAUCACUCAGGUGGCGGUCAGACCUGCGGACCGGACAGCCUGCCGCCGCGCUUCCCCUACGGCCGCCCGGAUUUCUUGGACCUCUCCCCGGAGCUCCUGCAGUACUCCACCGAGCACGCAUCACGGCCGGUGCUCACGUUAAAGAGAGGCAGCAGGCUCCCCUGGCAGACGGGAUACGCAGAGGUGAUCAAUGCGGGGAAGAGCAUGCUGAACGAGGACCAGGCCUCUUGUGAGAAAGUGUUUGUGAGGAAACCGAGUGGCAAACAUCGUAACUCCACGCUGCUGGAGGACAACGGGGAUGGCACAGGAAUCCCUCUCCACUUCUGGGGGGUGUUUGAUGGACACGCUGGUUCUGGCGCCGCCAUCAUGGCCUCCAAGCUGCUCCACCGCCUCAUCAGAGACCGACUGGGAGAAAUCUGUCACCUCCUGGAGAACCCCGGCAGCGCACCUCCCAUCUGUCUGGCCAAGAACGGCAGCCCAUACCAGGCCGAGUCGAAGAAAGGAGCCGACAAGGAGCCGGAGGACCCCGACGCCGUCAGCGACUCCACUGUGCGCUUUCACAUGGAGAAGGUUGUUAGUCUGGAGAGCCUGGUGAUGGGAGUCAUAGAGACCGCCUUCAAACAGAUGGAUGACCUAAUUGAAAAGGAAAAAGCGUCAUACGCCAUCUCUGGUGGGUGUUGUGCCUUAGCUGCCAUUCAUUUAAUGGGGAAGCUCUACGUAGCCAAUGCUGGAGAUAGCAGGGCCAUAAUCAUACGAAAUAAUGAAGUUAUUCCUAUGACGAAUGAAUUCACACCCGAGUCAGAGAGACAACGACUCCAGUAUCUGGGCUUCCUGAGGCCAGAGCUCCUGGGUAAUGAGUUCACUCACAUUGAGUUCCCUCGAAGGAUCCAGCACAGCGAGCUGGGCAAAAAGAUGCUCUACAGAGAUCACACCAUGACUGGCUGGGCAUAUAAGACAAUCGUUGAAGAUGAUCUGAAAUUCCCCCUGAUAUAUGGAGAGGGGAAAAAGGCUCGUGUCAUGGCAACAAUCGGAGUGACCCGCGGGCUCGGUGAUCAUGACCUGAAGGUGUACAACUCCAACAUUUACAUCAAGCCCUUCCUGUCCUGUGUACCUGAGGUGAAGGUUUAUAACUUGGAUGAAAACAAGCACGGCCCAGAUGAUGUCCUGGUCAUGGGUACAGAUGGACUGUGGGACGUAACAACGGACAGGGAGGUGGCAGAUGCUGUGUCUGCCUACUUAUCCUGCUGUGACCCCUCUGAUCCCAUGAGAUACACACUGGCAGCACAGGACCUGCUGAUGAGGUCACGAGGAGUCCUCAAAGAGCGUGGCUGGCGGCUACCCAAUGAGAAGCUGGGCUCGGGCGAUGACAUCACUGUGUUUAUCGUCCCACUGGUGGGCCACGAGUCAGAGACAUGAUGAGGCGUGGCAGGGGCAGGGCUGACUCUUUAGGGUCCUUCCCACGGUCCCUCCAAGCUCCCUCCAACCUGGACCGAUGGGGCGACGGGAGAAGAAAACACCUCUGUCAUCGGAAGGACUCGGGUCUGAGCAGCACCUUCAUCCACCCACAAGAUCAGAUCCAGUCCCUUCAUUUUAACUUCACCCAGAAUCAGCCUCCCGACUCCUCCGAUUGGUCUCAGUCAUGCAACAAAAGAUUUUCAGUGACAGAGAAGUCGCUGUCUCCCCCCUCUAAAUACCUGGUGUUUGUGAUGGUUGCCAGUGACAAUGAAAUCCUUGUGGUAUUUUUGUUUGUUGUUUAUGUUCGAGGCUGGGCUGCCACGCAAACCUUUCAAUGGAUUGUUCAUUUGCAUUUCAUGCGCUAGUUGUGACUCCUUUUGUAAAAAAAAACAAAAAAAAACAAAAGAGAAAGGCCUCCCACGGUUUUCACAAUCAUGUGGUCGCAAUAGAGAAUGUGAGGAAACCAAAGAGACGCUGCUGUGGCAUGAGGAUGGAAAUUCAUCGAAAUAAAACAUAAAGGGACAGUAAAACAAACAAAAAAAAUCAUUAGAUUCGUGUCUGUACAUUAAAGGAGCAUGGAGGAAGCAGAAACAGAGGACUGGACCUUUACAGCACUGGAUUGGUUGAGUCUGUGUUGCAGUAUUUCCUUUUGUUAAUAAUGAAUGAAUGAUGACACCUGAGGCACUUGAAGAUUGUUGCACAUGCUCUGUGGUAGCCUGUUGAUUUGGGAUAUCUUUCAAUUGAAUGUGCUUAUAGAUGGCUUUUUUUUAUUUUUGUCAUUACAAUAAAGAAAUCAGAGGGUGUUCAGUUUAAUUUAACUACAUGUUUUCCUUGUUCAGCGCUCAGAAAAGAAGGUAAAUUGUUCAUGUGAUGAGCUUCACACAUAUGCCUUAUUAAAAGAUGAAAGGGACUUUAGAGUUUUUUUCUUCAGAUGCACUAAAUUUGAUCCUGAGGCAAAAAGAAAAAAAAAAAAAAAACAUUGUACGCCCUUAAAUGUACCACAUACCUCUUUUGUACCAUUUUUGUUAAGUCAUGUUAUUUAGAUUCUCCAUAUAUUUUUAAGAAUAACUGUGGCUGUAAGCAGUAUCAGAAGUUUUAUUUUUAUGUUUCUAUCCAUAACUGUUUGUUCAGACAGAUGAUGUGUACUAGAAUGUGAGCUACCAAAAUGUGUGGUAGAAGGAUAACGUGUUCCGCUUUAGAAAUAAAUCAGAUUUUCCCA